GCAGAAAAAUCCAUAAAUUCAGUCAGAAGUGUCAGUCUGGACUUUACGAUGACUUUUUAUCUCAGGCAUUACUGGAAAGAUGAGAGGCUCUCCUUUCCUAGCACAACAAACAAAAGCAUGACAUUUGAUCAUAGAUUGAUCAAAAAGAUCUGGGUGCCUGAUAUCUUUUUUGUCCAUUCUAAAAGAUCCUUCAUUCAUGAUACAACUGUGGAGAACAUCAUGCUACGUGUGUACCCUGAUGGAAACAUCCUCUUCAGUCUCAGGGUAACGGUUUCGGCCAUGUGCUUUAUGGAUUUCAGCAGGUUUCCUCUUGACAGGCAAAAUUGUUCUCUUGAACUGGAAAGCUAUGCCUACAAUGACGAGGACCUAAUGCUAUACUGGAAACAUGGAAACAAGUCCUUAAAUACUGAAGAGCAUAUUUCCCUUUCUCAGUUCUUCAUUGAAGAAUUCAGUGCAUCCAGUGGAUUAGCUUUCUAUAGCAGCACAGGUUGGUACAAUAGGCUUUUCAUCAACUUUGUGCUAAGGAGGCACAUUUUCUUCUUUGUGCUGCAAAUCUAUUUCCCGGCCAUGUUGAUGGUGUUGCUUUCAUGGGUUUCGUUUUGGAUUGACCGAAGAGCUGUUCCUGCAAGAGUUUCUCUGGGAAUCACCACAGUGCUGACCAUGUCCACGAUCGCCACCAGUGUGAGUGCCUCCAUGCCUCAGGUGUCCUACGUCAAGGCUGUGGACGUGUACUUAUGGGUCAGCUCCACCUUUGUGUUCCUGUCGGUCAUUGAGUACGCAGCCGUGAAUUAUCUCACCACCGUGGAAGAGUGGAAACGAUUCAAGAAGAGAGGGCAGAUUUCUGGAAUGUACAAUAUGAAGGCAGUUCAAGCCAUGGCCUUCGAUGGUUGUUACCAUGACAGUGACAUGGACCAGACUUCCUUUUCUCUGCACUCAGAAGAAGACUCCAUGAGAGGAAAAUGUACAGGCAGCCCCGGCACAGAUUCAUCUCAGAUAAAGAGAAGAAAAUCUCUAGGAGGACAUGUUGGUAGAAUCAUUCUGGAAAACAACCAUGUCAUUGACACCUAUUCUAGGAUUUUAUUUCCCAUUGUGUAUAUUAUAUUUAAUAUUUUUUAUUGGGGGAUAUAUGUAUGA